AUGGGUCUUGUCUGUAUCCCGUACCGCUUGUUACCUUGUACCUGUGCCACUAAACUGAAACGGACUCUCUUCAGCCAACAAGGACCUGGUGUUACUAGGGAUCAGGAACAGUCAAGACACAAUUUUCUGCCCCUGCGUUCGGGCUGCUUGUAUGUUACCUACACAGGCGAUGUUGCGUUUAAAUCGUCGGAGAAGCCAACCCAGGAAGGAACAAGGGGAGUGACCAAAAUAAAAACAGAUGUCCCCUAUCUCAAGCCCUGGUGUAACGGAAAGCGACAGAAACGAAAAUCUUCCAAGAAGGAAUUCCCACGUGGUGGCUUGGAGCUUAGGACCCUCAAUCGGGUCAAGGAGCUGGCAAACCAAACUGUCAAAGGCAAUUUUUGUUGA